CCACCCGGUGUUUCGCCAGUACACUUGGUUUGGCCAUUCCUACCACCUACCACGUUAUUUCCACCCCCUCAAACGUCCGUCCUCUACCGCCCGCCCAGACCUGCUCUUUCAUAACCUAUACUUCUCGACAUCCUUAUAUAUUAGGGAUUUCUAAUAUCGAAUUUGGUUUUUACAGUGGAAAAAUUUCUGCGUGGUGGAUUUUGUGUGUUGUGGGUCGACGUCCGACUGGUUCCUGGUUGACGGAUACCCUUCGUGUCGCAUUGCCGAGUCACGCAUAGACAUCACGGGAAGAGUGUCUUUUUGAUCCCUUAAACCGGACUCUGGAUUGCAGUGAGUAUUUUGCGGGGUAUUUAGAAACAGAGAAGCAACCUUGGGUACGCUCUGGACGUUUCUGCGACAGCAAAUCGCCACUGUUGAGAUCUGGAAUAAGUGCUAGUUACACGAUUCUGGGGUCAUUUCUCGCAACGACAGAAAUUCUAUCGUCUUGAAAAUCAGACCGACAGUUCGACCCAUCUGACUGCCUGCCUAUUUGUUCGUGGAACAUGAGAUAAGUGCGCUUGAAUCGGUCUAUCCUAGAUUCAAUACCAGGACCCUCGUUUUAUCACGAUCCCUUUUCGUUUUCCGCAUUGGCACGCAUACCGUGAAUAAUCGACCAUGGAAGCCACACUUACCCAUCGGCCAUGGGAGCCAGCCACCACUGGACCCCAAACCCCUACAGUAUCUUCAUCGCAGACCCUCCCCUCGAUAUCGACGUUGACAGCGAGCAUGACCAGCACCGCUGCUCCUCCGGCGGAGAAGUCGCCCGGUAAUGUGUCGUUGAACACAAUUGAGCGCGAUUCGGGGAAUUGGUCUAUGCCUCAGAGCACAAGAUCCUCUACCUACUCCACCGCGACAAAUGGGACCGGGAACUACCCUUCUCUUUCAUUCCUUACGUCCUCUCAGCCGUCUCCCAAUCGCGUGUCCACGGUCUCCGAUCGAUCUCCUUAUAACGACCAUUCGAACGCCAAUACCCCCUCCUCCUCGGGUGCGCAGCCAUCUCCGAACUUUGGCUCGGCGCAGCCAAACUCAACGCUUCCUUCCAUUAACCAGAACUAUGACGCGCCAUCUCAAAGAGGUAGUAUUGCAGAACCAGCGGAGUCGCGACGGAGCAGUAUUGAUAGUCGGAUGAAUCAGGGAAUAAGCUCUCUUGCCAUCAACCCCGCUUCUCCCUAUCAUAGCACGAAUGCGUCGCAGACAUCGAUUGUCUCGGGGUUACAGCGGGAGCGUGGAAUAUCUAUGGAUGUGAAUAUGAAUAAUACUUACCGAGGCCCUCGCUAUUCUGGGGGACAGCCUCUCUCCCCUUUGGGCCCACGGGCUAGCGAACAUCGUGGAUUUGCGGCUGGCCGCACUGCGCCCGCGAUCUCGUCGAACCCUCGCUCGGAAAUUUAUAAUGCGGAGGCGCCCACAGCUGGUCUUGCGUACGCUUUCCCAGAUCCGGAUGUUGCACGGUCCAAUUCAAUCUCUUCUACGACCGAAAAGUCGAGCGCACAGUUUUGCAGAAAAGGGAGCACGGCGGAAUCCUUUUCAAGCAGCAUCUACUCGGAUUCCCGUUUGCCUCGUGGUCAGCAUGAACUCCCUCAAAAUGUCCACCAUCAUUCGCUACAACAUAAACAAGUUCGUGGACUGAUUGGAGAGGCCGACCUACACGGCGGCAGUACCCCGUACAGCAGAACACCUGAGCUGAGGGUGACACAUAAGUUGGCGGAGCGGAAACGCCGUAGCGAGAUGAAGGAUUGCUUCGAGGCUCUGCGGAUGCGCCUCCCGCAAAGCCAGAACAACAAGUCAAGUAAAUGGGAGACUCUUACAAGAGCAAUUGAAUACAUUGGGCAACUGGAGAAGAUGCUGAGCAACGCUCGCCGGGAGAACGAUCUCCUCCGGACCGAAAUGGACGACAUGCGGGCCCAGCUUAAUCAGCAGCAGCAGCAACAACAACAACAAGCUAAUGGGCAAUCACGACCGCAGUCAAUGUUCGAGCAUCAUUCGAUGGCCACGCCUCAGGCUAAUGGGCAAUCACAUGGCGCUAUGUUUCCUAGUUACGCCCCAGCCGCUGGGAUGACGCAGGAGCAGCCACGGACUUUACCGCCUCUGAUGAAUGGGUCUGUCGCACCAAUGCAAGGCGUGCAGUACACCGAUGAGCGACGGUAAUACAACAAAGGAAA